CUUGAGAAUUGGAUAUCUCUUCACACAUCUCAGACUAAUAUACCUGUAUCGUAGACGGUUUAGUGCUUCCAAGUGAGCACGGGGUACAAAGUCCCAUAUGGUUAUGCCUCUCAAACUCGUAAAGCAAACCGGAAUGUAUUCGUCAUCUCUCUUGUACCCCCUUCGGGGCUUUAUCCAUCCAGCUGACUGCGGCAAGGCAACAGCUGUGACUGUGUCUAUGCUUCAAUGCUCCAAUGAUUCAAGGUUUCCAACAUCAGUUGGAGAGAAUCAUGUUGGUGAAGGCAUCUCUCUACAUGACUGAGAAACAUAAAUUGAAGCAAUGCCAUUUCUUCGGUAUUCUCUACAUACCUACAUACGAAGAGAAAGCCGCAACGAUGGAAGAGUUGUGGAAGUGAAGUGCAAUGCCACAAUGGAGAAUAGUUUCGCUCUUCCGAAACAAACGCUGUGAAAGCAGCAGUGAUGCACUUUCCGAUUGUGGCGUUGAGGCGUGAAAAGUGCGAAGCUGCUCCUCCUUUCACUGUGAAAAAUCGGUUGCCACAUAAGCACAAAUCAUCAAGAAUGUAAUCUACUGUGCUGUGGAGAGUGAAGUGCUGUUUUGCGAAAGAUCAAAGUUCUUGCGUAAAUCUUGGCAGGAUGAUAGCUUAUCGCGGCGUUUAUUGUGCUCUUCUCGUGCAGUAGAACCGGACGUGUAGAAAAGAAUGAGCUGGGCCAUACGACGACUACUUCGAGGGGCGAUGCACGUGUUCAGCUGGUUCGUGGUGCCGUACACAUAUCUGGUUAGUGCACGGAUACGGUCCAAUCGGUUACCUCCGAUCGAGAACCCACUUCUACAAAUCCCAGCCGUAACGCUGGCCGCCAAGAUCCGAACGGGACAGAUCAAGAGCGAAGAUGUAGUCAGUGCCUACAUCGAACGCUGUCGACAGGUGAAUCCAAUUUUGAACGCUAUCGUUGAGGAACGAUUCGAGCACGCUCUUCAGGAAGCCCGGCAAAUUGACGAUGAAAUCGCCAAGAAAUUACGAACUGAAGAGCAAAUGAUGACUGAAACUCCCAUUCUGGGAGUUCCCGUGACCAUCAAAGAGAGCUUAGCUGUGAAAGGUAUGAGUAAUACGGGCGGGAGGAAACUGAAGAAGAAACGAAUCGCUCAGCAAGACUCGCCAGUGGUAGAGCAAAUCAGGAAAAGCGGAGGAGUUAUUCUUCUGGUCAGCAAUACUCCAGAGCUUUGCCUAUGUUGGGAAACUUACAACAAAUGUACAGGUCUUACUAAGAAUCCCUACAACCUUAAGCGUACUGUAGGAGGAUCAUCCGGAGGUGAAGCAGCUCUGAUAAGCUCAGCCGCAUCUCUCAUAGGCGUAACUACAGAUAUUGCCGGCUCGUCGAGGCUUCCUGCCGCCUUCGUCGGUGUAUUCGGCCACAAACCUUCCCCAUUUAGUGUGUCCCCCUACGGCCACAACCCCUCAUGCGAAGACGAAUCCUGGGGCAACUUCUUCACCCCUGGAGCAAUGUGCCGAUACGCCGAAGAUCUGCCCCUACUACUCAAAGCCAUGAGUGAUCCCUCGGGAGUUCCCCUAUCCCUGGAAACUACGGUGAACCUCACCGAGAUAAACUAUUUCUACAUGGAGAACGACGGCCCCACGGGCCUGACAGAACCCAUCCAACCGGACAUCCAGGCCGCCAUCCAGAACGUCGUGAACCACUUCAACGCCGAGAAAGUCCACCUGAAACGCCUGAUCUGGGCCCUAGACAUUUCUAUCUGCAAAAUGCUCCGGAUGAAGAACAUCGAGACCAUCUACACGCAACAGCAUGACGGCCAGCCGAACACCACCGCCGGCAAGGAACUCCUGAAGUACUUCUGCGGCUGUUCCGACUCUGAUCUCCCGUCCGUAGUCAUCGGCCCCAUGCAGCACAUAGUCCAGAACUACAUUCCCAGCUCGAGGUUGGCCUUCCUGGAUGAACAGACCGAACUGCUGCGGAAGGACUUCCUGGACCUUCUGGGCAAGAACGGCGUCUUCAUCUACCCAGUGUUCCCCAAUACGGCACAUCGACACUUUGCGAUCUUCCACAAGCUGGUCGAUACGAGCUACAUGAUGGUGUUCAACACGCUGGGUUUCCCGGCCGCUUCCUGUAUGGUGGGACUUGAUCGCGAAAAGCUACCCAUUGGAGUACAGAUCGUUGCCAGUCCCGGUCAGGAUCAUUUAAUUUUCGCAGUGGCACAAGAAUUGGAACGGAAGUACGGUGGCUGGGUGCCUCCGCCAUCGCAUGGGUAAUAUUGAGGCGAGUGUUGUAUCGACUAUUAUCGAUAGGGUGAGGCUCAGUGAUGAAGUGCAACUUACAAGUGAACAACCGUUGUGAUUUGAAAUGAUGAGAUAGAAUAGUGUAUAUAUUUUUUUUAAUUAUCCGUACUUUAAGACUUUAUGUAUCAAAAAGUUUGACUGUAGGUUUUGCAUGCUUGUCGACACAGAAUAAACGUUUCUUUUGACAUAAAA